AUGGAGCGGACGCCGAGUAGCCCGUACAGCUCGCGUAAAGUGCGUGACAUAAAGGACGUGCCCUGGUCAGUGUCAGAGAUAAGGCCGACAAUAGCAGAGUCGUCGGAGAACUUCUUCAGAGAGGGAUCUCUGCAUCUGGUAGAUGACAGCGUCAUCCACCCCAAUGCCAGGUUGGUGGCACUGAAGUGGGAUCAUCGAUGGUCUCACAAGGGGUCGAAGAUAGCCAAGGACCAGCCUCUCCAGGGUCUUCAUCACCAGCCACCGUAUAGCUCACUGUCAUUAUUUCUCACUUUCUCCGUGAUCACUGGUCUCUCGACCUCAGCUAUUGCUACCAACGGCAAGGUCAAAGCAGGAGGGACCUACUUCCUGAUCAGUCGCAGUCUUGUUCCAGAGCUGGGUGGGUCCAUCGGUCUGAUCUUUGCUUUUGCUAAUGCUGCAACUGUGGUCAUGCACACUGUGGGCUUUGCUGAGACUGUAACAGACCUCAUGUCUGAAAAUGGCGUCAUGGUGGAUCGAACCAAUGACAUUCGCAUCAUUGGCAUCACUACUGUCACAUGUCUACUAUACAGUAUAUCUAUGGCUGGCAUGGCGUGGGAGUCAAAGCACUUUGCCCAGGCUGAGCCAUCUGACAGGUGUGUGGUAGCCGAUGUCACGAUGCUCAGUCUCAUGCUCCUCCAAAAUCCCAGCGUGUCCGUACACACAUUUAACUCAGUGAACAGAUCGCUCCCUGUCGUCGUCCCUUUCAUCGACCGCAUUGCUGCCAGCUCCUCCGUAAUCUUGAAGUCCGGCGUUAUCCCACGGACAAAUGCGAGUAACUGGGCUGUCUGGCAGGGACCAGAGGGCAGCUUCUUUGGCAUGUUCUCCAUUUUCUUCCCUUCCGCAACGGGCAUCCUGGCAGGAGCUAACAUCUCUGGAGAUCUGAAGAAUCCAAUAGCGGCCAUCCCCAAAGGAACACUGACUGCAAUAUUCUGGACCACUAUUUCCUACCUCAUCAUCUCUGCAACCAUUGGAUCCUGUGUGGUGUGUGAUGCAUCUGGCCUCUUAAACGACACCCUGUUACCGUCCUCAUCUAGUGAGGAUUGUGUUGGUUUAGCCUGUCAAUAUGGAUGGGACUUCACAGAGUGUAUCAACAAUAACACCUGCACCUACAGUAUCAGUAACUACUAUCAGACGAUGAGCAUGGUGUCAGCCUUCACCCCUCUCAUCACUGCUGGUAUAUUUGGAGCAACACUGUCUUCUGCUUUGGAAUGCCUCGUCUCUGCUCCCGAAGUCUUUCAGUGUCUGUGUAAGGACAAACUCUACCCUCUCAUCAGCUUCUUUGGCAAAGGUUAUGGCAAGAAUGAUGAAGCUCUCAGAGCCUACCUACUAACGUACAUCAUUGCUGCCUGCUUAAUUUUCAUUGCUGAGUUGAACACUAUUGCUCCCAUCAUCUCCAACUUCUACCUCUGCUCAUACUCUCUGAUUAACUUUAGCUGCUUCCAUGCCUCAAUCACCAACUCACCAUGUUGGCAUCCAUUCUUCAGGUUCUACAGUAAGUGGCUGUCGUUGCUGGGCUCUGAGUGUUGUCUGGUUAUCAUGUUUCUGCUGAGCUGGUGGGCAGCCCUCAUUGCUUUUGGCAUUGUCUUCUUCCUUUUGGGAUACACACUCUACAAGAAGCCUGCUAUAAACUGGGGCUCCACAGUGCUGCUGUCCAGCUGCUUAUGUGGCAAUGGCUUCUUUCGUUCAUUGCAGAUGGGGAAGGUUUGGGUCGUAAUUAAGCCAAAUGUUCCACUGAUGGGUUUCCAGAAUGAUUACAUAGGAAUACUGCAUGAUGCCUUUGACCUACAGUACGGUGUUUGCAUUCUGAGAAUGAGGGAGGGACUGGAUGUCUUUCAUCCAUCUCAAUUACAUG